UAUCCACUUCCUGUGGACUGCGACGAUGCUGACGCGCUUUGCAUCUCUGCCACUCCCUCCUCUUUCUUUCUCUCUCUCUCCCUUCCUCUUCUUGUUCAGCACCACCACCACAAAACACAUUGCCCAUUUCCAUUUCCAUGGCCACCACCACCACAUUCUCAACACUAUCCCCUGCAUUGCCCCAAAAUUACCCUUCUACCCCUCCGCACCGUUCUCUCUUCCCCUCCCUACCACUGACUUCGAAUUACCAGUCUGCACAUAGAUAUCUCCAUUAUGGAAGGUCUGCCCUUCCUUCAAAUUCCUACUGCCGUAGAACCAUCUGCAAGGCGACGGAGGUGUCGGUGGCCGAAGAGUCUUCGCCGUCCGGUGGUGGCGGCGGUGGAGGAGAGAACUGGGUUCCGGUGGUGCCGUUGGCGGCUUUGCCGAGGGGAGAACGGCGGGUUAUAAUUCAGGACGGCCAGGAAAUACUGUUGCUCUGGUACAAGGACCGGGUUUAUGCUAUUGAGAAUAGGUCCCCUGCUGAGGGUGCUUACACUGAAGGAUUGAUUAAUGCCAAGCUUACCCAGGAUGGUUGUAUAAUUUGCCCGACAACUGAUAGCACAUUUGAUCUCCAGUCAGGAGCAAUAAAGGAAUGGUAUCCAAAAAACCCAGUGCUAAGAGUUCUUACACCUGCCUUGAGGUCACUCUUUGUUUAUCCAGUCAAAACCGAUGAAGAAAAUAUCUAUAUAAGUGUAAAAGGUCUACAAUCUGAUGGAUCUGCUGAGAUUGUCUUUAGUGGUAAAGCUCAACCAGGUGUAACUGCAGCUGAUGUCAAUGUGGAUGAGGUAAGAAUGGUUGUUGAUGAGGAAACAGAAGGGUUUGGUUUUACCGGGAGGAAUGAAAUAAUCAAUGGGAAGGCAGCUGUAAUUGGCUUCCUGGUAUUGAUAGAUUUCGAACUUCUGACUGGUAAAGGUAUUCUUAAGGGCACUGGCUUCUUGGACUUCCUUUAUUCUGUUUCAAAUGCCUUUAAAUAGAGAUUUACACUGUUUUUGCAGCAUAAAAUAAUUUACUUGGUAGACUUGUCACAAACAGAAGAAUAAUUACUAUAGUAGAAGGAAGAUAGAUGCUUUGUUUAGUCUCUAAUUUAUACUUGAAAUUGGUUUGGAUAAUGUUUUAUAUGAUGCAUGUAAAUUGUGCAGAAAUGAGAUUUAUGUGGAUUCUUCUUUUUGUUUCA